AUGGAUCGCAUUAAGGAGAAAAUGAACCAGCUCCGUCUGGAGGCCGACGACAACGCCGCCAAGGUCGAGGAGCUUCAGGCCAAGGUCAAGUCGCUGGAGCAGGAGAACCUGUCCAAGGAGCAGGAGAUCACCUCCCUCCAGCACAAGAACGGCCUGCUCGAGGGCGAGGUCGAAAAGCUCGAGACUGCGGUUAAGGACUUCAAGAAGGCUGCCGACGAGAGCACUAGCACUGGCACACAAAACGAGACUCUUCAGCGAAGACUCCAGCUCCUCGAGGAGGAGGCCGAGGAGGCGGACAAGACCCUUCGCGAAGCCAACGAGAAACUCCGACAGACCGACGUCAAGGCCGGCCACUUCGAGCGCAAGGUCCAGGCUCUCGAGGCGGAGCGCGACCAGUGGGAGUCCAAGUACGAGGAGAUGUCCAAGAAGUACACGGCGGUCCAGAAGGAGCUCGAGGACUUCCAGAACGAGAUUGGCAACAUCUAA